AUGGAGGAACCAGAACGCCUCCCUCGAAUGCUCUCACCAUGCAGCAGUGGAAGAAGAUUAAGCAGUGAUUCAAAUUCACCUGAAUUCGAGUUCUGGAUGAUCCGGAACCCAUCUUUCCCUCAGCCUAAUCUACACUCCGCCGAUGAGCUUUUCUCCGAUGGUGUACUCCUUCCACUGCAGCUCCUCCAGACACAAUUAUCAGACGAACAAUCUGACCCUCAUCCUCCACCGCCAGCGCCGCCGCAAGAGGCUGAACCAUCGGGCUUGGAUCAAGUACAGGAGAGUACUGCUGAAUUAGCUCGUUUGUCAUUAACUACCGCAUUUACUUCCUCUAAGCGGUGGAAGGAUAUAUUCAAGAAAAGUGAUAAGAAAAACUCAGUUACGGUUAGUAAUGGUAAUUCAGAUUGUAGUACUGGUAAAGAGAAGGAUAGUUGUAAAGAGAAGAAGAGAGAGAAGAAGUGUGUUGGUGUUGGUGUUAGUGGAAGUAAUGGGGUGAGUACGGCGGAGUUGAACAUAAAUAUAUGGCCUUUCUUAAGGAGUAGAUCUGCCGGGAACGGCGGAAGUAGGCCGCGGACGGGGGCUGGAUCCGCAGCGGCGACACGAAAGGUAAGUAGUGCACCAUGCUCGAGGAGUAACUCUGCUGGUGAGUCCAAGUCUAGGAAGUGGCCAAGCAGUCCUAGCCGAGGUGGGGUCCACUUAGGAAGGAGCAGCCCUGUCUGGCAGGUACGCCGUUGCGGCGGUGGAGCUUCGGUUGGACGGAGCUCUGAGGCGGUAGUGAAGAGUUUUGCUGAAAAGGGGGUCAUAAAAGACCGGAAUGAAAAUCAUCGGAAAAUCUCCACAGCCAGCGAUGUCGGUAAGGCCAAAGGAAGGGUAUUGAAUCUGAAUGUUCCUACGUGUAUAGGUUACCGGCAUAAUUUGGGAUGUAGAAGUGAUGAAAAUAGUUCAAUUGGUACUUUUGCUGCCGCCGCCGCGUCUGGUGGUGGUGAAUCCGGCGGAAGUGUUUCCGGUGAAGGAGUAAGUGGCAGACAUUUAUUUAAUAUCCGAAGCCUCUUUACCAAGAAAGUCUAUUAA